AUGUCAGAUUUCAUUCACGAGCAAAUUGUGCAGCUUAAUCAUGUGCUGUCUGAUCUCUUUCAGAACGUCAACACAAGCAGCAAUGUGGAGAGCAGCCAUGAUCCAAUGGCCGCUUUGGACAUGAACGACCAGCAACUCUUUCUGACAUGCAUCAGUCAAGAAAUCGACCUGUUGACAACUGUACCAGAUAUUUCCGUUGUGGAAAAGUAUCUAAAAUUGUACAUGGAGCACCCAAUACAAGGGGAUUUGGCAUGGCUGUUUGUUGCGAAAUGCACGGUGGCCGUCUAUGGAUACAUGCUGAGCAACACGCUCAAUUCAACCCUGCCGCUUUCCGAGGCUACAAGCUACUGGAAUGGCAUCUACGGCAGCAGACGAUAUGAAACCUACUAUGCCCUGCAAAUUUUACCUAUACGAAUCAGCCAAGUGGGUAUCAAUACCAUCAAAAUGCUGCGCACAACAAGCAUUGAAUCACUGCUGAAGCCGGAGCAGUUGUUUCGAAACAUGUCCCCAAAGCAGCAAAAGUCAUUGCGAUUCUUUAGCAUCAAGCAAAACAAAUUUACCCAGCUGAUUCAUGAAGAGAUACGUCAAAAAUUGCAGCAGCUAGAGCACUACAAGAAGCUGCAAGCAUCGAAAUUAGGCUUGAUGAUGAAACUUGCUCCUUUUACAGCCACAAAAGAUGUGUCGAUGCAAUCUGCGCAGUGCAUCACUAUGAUGAAGAGUACAUUGGGAUUUGAUCAGUUUGAUGUCAAUCAAGUAAUGCAGGCUCAGGCUUCAAAGGGCACCACACUCGAUGUUGCGAAGGGCUUGUUGGACAUCAUACAGGGUUGGGAUCAAUGCCAACUGCAGAUAAACAAUAUCAAGAAUGCGAAUGGACCUCCCUCUUUCAUCACUAAAUACUGGAUUCCCGGGAUUCUGGGUUGUGUUGCUGGUAAUAUGGCAGUGCAACUACUGACAGCUCAUCAAGAAGAUAUUAUAGCAUGGUCAAGGGAAAUUGGCACUACUGCCCGGGACUUUGCUGUCAAUUGGAUUUGGGAACCGAUGUUGCAAGUCUGGGAUACGAUUCGAUUGAAAGAUGAGAGGUUGAGCGUGCUGGGAAAAGAGGGGCUUCGUAGUGAUCUAGACUCUUUAGAGAGAAUGGUGGCUGAAUUCGCUCGCGACCAUUAUCAAUUGCCAGAAGAUCAAGUUGGAGGUUUGAUAAGCCGAGUACGAGAAGGCGAUAUGUCUAUGAUCUUAAAGGCGUACGAAGAGGAAAUCAAGCACCCGUUAAAGAAUGCAGUGAAAGGUGAUCUCAUACAGACACUUUUGAUCCAAGUGCAAAAGACCAAAGUGGAUGUGGAUCUAGCUAUGGCUGCAUUAGACAAGCUAUUGAAAUCGAAUGAAUUGAAUUUUGCAUUCUUGGCCGUGGCUCCUUCAAUGCUACUGACAUGGGCAGCAGUGGCAUGGCUUAGAAGGUGCUAUGAUCAACGCACUGGGCAAAGAAUCGGAAAAACGGGGCUUCCUUUGCGACAAGCCAUAAGACGCUUAGAAAGAUUAUUGACGCUGUCUUACAGCAAAGAAAAUGAAUUGGAUUGCGAAACGCAAGGAAUAUUGUUGUGCGAAGUGCAUCUACUACGAUCUUAUGCCGUCUAUCUUCCCUCUCGAAACUCUAUGCGAGAUUUAUUUAUUGAAGAUUUGCGUGAUCUUGAAAACCCCAAGCUAUCCAUCAUUCAAAAGCUACAGACCAUCAACAGAAUGUGCCGAUCUUGGUCCUUUUUGAAGUACCCUGUUUAA